GUUCAAUUAAUGCACAUCAGUUGCAGUUGGGGGCCAAGAUUCAUCCAAUCGCCUUAUCAUUACCCAGGUAAUUGCAGCUCGCUUGUCAGAAUCUCUGUUCCUCGUAAAAAUUUGGGAACGUUCCAUGAUGCACAAGUCAAACUCGACCACCCCGUUCGACUAGCAGGAGCGGUUCAUGUUACUUGAGAGAUCUUCAGCGACAACACACGCUCACUCCCAACCACACAUCCGUGGGUCCUAUGGCUAAUUCUAUUGUCUCGCCCCUGGAUACACCUUCCAACCCACUCCAACACAAUAAGCGGCUUCCUGAAUCCGUUGAGUUGCUGGAUAUAACAAGUCUCAAUUCGGCCACGGGAGAGACUCCAAGCUCAACGCGUGCUAGCAAGAUCAAUUCUGGCUUGACCGAUGGCUGGGUAUAUGAGAUACUCAGUUGUGUAGUCGCCAUAUUGGCCCUCGCUAGUCUUGUUGCAAUUCUCCGCUACUUUGACGGCUUCAUCAUCACCGAAUUGCCCCUGCACAUCAGCAUCAAUACCUUGAUUGCUGUGAUUGGAGCCGUAAUUAAGGCCAUGAUACUGCUUCCCGUAGCUGAAAGCAUCAGUGAGCUGAAAUGGUCAUGGUUCAUCACUCGAAAGCAGAAACUGGUAGACUUUGAGAACUUUGACAUCGCAAGCCGAGGACCCUGGGGUGCAGCGUUGCUUAUUUUUCAUCUACGAGGUCGGCAUUUAGCUACGAUUGGAGCUUGGCUGACCCUACUCGUACUUGCUGUUGAUCCAUUCACGCAGCAGGCUGUUCGUCCGGUGAGAUGCGAUCAUGGUCUUUCUGGCGGAGCGGCGCGUCUCCCGUAUGCCAACAACAUUACCAAGAUCUCGGCACAUGUCGGUCCUGGUCUCCCGCAACAGCUUCUACCAGAUCUUGCGAGCGCCAUGUAUACGGGUCUUCUUGGUGACUCACGAAGCUUGAACAGCGAGUGCUCGACAGGCAACUGCACUUUCCCCGGAGAUGCAGCCGUGGGAUCGUUCCAAACAAUAGCUUUGGAUGCAUCGUGUGUAGACAUAUCAAAUGAGAUUGUCGAAGUGAAGUCAAAGAACGCCGUGAGAGGACCUUGGUAUCUCCCCUCACUCGGCAAUGCCACUUCGGCUGUUGGUCAAUCUCUACUGGUACAUACGUACGCCACGACCGAGUCUUCGCCAUUCUUGAAAUAUUGGAAUAAAGAAAACGACACCGCUCUGUUCAGCUUUGCUGCUUUGCUUUUCCAGCCGAAUGAAGGCUGUACGGACGCAUCGACAUGCACACACGCUCUAGCUGUCGAGUGCAGGUUAAACCCGACAAUACAAACUAUGUAUACUACAAUUGAGCUAUCCAAGGUCCAGGAAGAAGUCGUAAACAUUCAGUCCGUGGAAUUGGUUCCAUAUCCUUCUGUGGCUCCGAAACGAUCCCACCUCGACUCUUGGAUGAGCAUACCCGAAGAGGUAAUCCGCAAUGGCGAACGAGAAAGCUGCACACCAUCAAUGACGUAUACGCCUGACACUCCAGUCGCCAUCUCAAACAAUUCCUUUUGGUCUGCCUCCGGGAAUCCCACUCCAAGCGAUUUGAGGUGGUGGGCAGACUGGUGCGUAUUCUGGAUCCCUUCAGGCAGCUCAUGGGCGCUCUCUGCGUUUCUGGAAGGCAUUUACGAUGACAAAACUAUGAUGGGCGCCUACGGACCUUCGAUAGUUCAGUCCACCUACGGAGAUGUAUGGAUCAAAAACUUGUACGAGAAUGGCACAGCGACAGUCGACACGGUUCAGACAAGAUUUCGACAGCUCGCAAACACUAUGAACACAUAUUUUCGCAAUAGGAACUCCACGGAUGACGGAAGAACGACUUACACGACUGGGACCGCAGUUCAGACGGACACGUGCAUCAAAGUGCAAUGGGCCUGGAUAACUUAUUCUGCGAGCUUGGUCGCCUUGACCAUCAUGUUCCUGUGCUUGACAAUUUGGAAGACCAAAAGAACAAACAGAUCGGGUCCACCUAGAGGCACAUGGAAAUCUUCGGCUUUAGCAGUUCUCUUCAGUGGUUUGCAGGAAGAUUUGAGGAAAGAGCAUGGAGAACUCGACAAGCAGACCAGAAUGGCACAUCGUGCAGGUGAACUUGAAGUGAGACUUGAACCCACGGAGUCUGGAUGGCGCUUGAAACGAAGAAUGUCGUCUUAGCACUAGAAGUGCUUGCUGGAAUGACUAUAACUAUUAGAGCGUAUCAAAUCA